GCGAAAUAUCUGCUAGGCCUCUUGAUAUAUUUUUGUGUAUAUAAUUAAACUGUUGAAGAAAGAUGUUGGGAAAAAUGCAUACACUGGUAAAUUUAUAUGUAUAGAAAAAAUAAGCUACUGACUAUCAGCUAUAACCUUGCUGAAUUUAUGUUGUAAAUCUUUACCUAACAAACACAAUUUUAUAUUGAAAAUACUCAAAUUCAGCAGUUUACUGUCCAUGUAUACAUAUUUUUGGUUUAAAUGCAUUUCCUUAUUAAAAUGCUGAUUUCCGAUGUAAGUAUUGCAGGUUGAAGUGGCAUUUAAACCAAUUAAACCAGGAAGUAAUUGACCAUACUACUACAGUUAUUCUAGAUAAUUUCUUAACAACAUUAGAUAACAAGAAAAAAAAGAAAUCAUUUAGAUUUUACACAUCACCUUGCUCUUGCGUGUCAUGACUGUAAUUUUAAAAUAAAAAAAUACUAAAUAUGUUUUCAUGAUAUAAAAUAAUAAUUUAAAGUGAAUUGGAAUGAAUCAAUUUGAUCAAUAAAUGUUUUAAUGAUUAAAUUUUACUAAAUGGAUAAUGAACAUUCAAUGUCGGGUAGUUUUGAUAUUCGUGGGAAGAGACAGUCAAUACCGAAAGAAUUCUGUGUGGCCACGCCCGAGGAGUUGGUGCAGACAUAUGGUGGUAGUAAAAGUACUGUCAUUAAAAAGGUUUUGAUAGCGAAUAAUGGUAUUGCGGCUGUAAAAUGUAUCAGAUCAGUGAGAAGAUGGGCAUACGAGAUGUUCCGGUCAGAGAGGGCCAUCAGAUUUGUUGUCAUGGUUACACCGGAAGAUCUUAAAGCAAAUGCAGAGUACAUCAGGAUGGCAGAUCAAUAUGUACCUGUACCUGGUGGGACUAACAAUAACAACUAUGCUAAUGUUGAACUUAUUCUUGACAUUGCUAAAAGAACACAAGUUCAGGCUGUAUGGGCUGGAUGGGGACAUGCCUCUGAGAACCCAAAACUUCCAGAACUUCUACACAAAAAUGGUAUUGUGUUUAUAGGCCCACCAGAGGGAGCUAUGUGGGCUUUGGGUGAUAAGAUCGCAUCAUCAAUACUUGCCCAGACAGCUGGGGUACCCACAUUGCCAUGGAGUGGUUCAGGUUUAGAGAUUCAGUGGUCAGAGGGAGAGCAGGCUAGAGGCAAACAAUUUACCGUCCCACAAGAUAUCUAUAAGAAAGGUUGUGUAUUUGAUGUUGAUGAUGGUAUUAGAGUAGCUAAUGAGAUAGGGUAUCCUGUGAUGAUCAAGGCCUCGGAGGGCGGAGGUGGUAAAGGUAUAAGGAAAGCUACAAAUGCUACAGAGUUCCCUAACCUUUUCAGACAGGUUCAAACAGAGGUACCUGGUUCACCGGUGUUUGUAAUGAAGAUGGCGCAGGCAGCUCGUCACUUGGAGGUACAGCUGAUAGCAGAUUGCUAUGGUAACGCUAUCUCAUUGUUUGGACGUGAUUGUUCUAUACAGAGACGUCAUCAGAAAAUUAUUGAAGAAGCUCCCACGUCUAUAGCCUCAUCUGAAACAUUUAGAAAAAUGGAGGAGGCAGCAGUAAAACUAGCUAAGAUGGUGGGUUAUAUCAGUGCUGGAACAGUAGAAUAUCUCUAUAAUGCUGAUGAUGGAACAUUCUACUUCCUCGAGUUAAACCCCAGACUACAGGUGGAACAUCCGUGUACAGAAAUGGUGGCAGAUGUCAACCUACCUGCUCUACAGUUACAGAUAGCUAUGGGUUUACCCCUAUACUGUAUGAAGGAUAUCCGAUGCCUGUAUUGUGAGAGUGCAGCAGGUGGUUCUCUCAUUGACUUUGAUAAACCUAAGUUACAACCACAACCUAAAGGUCAUGUUAUAGCAGCUAGAAUCACCAGUGAAAAUCCUGAUGAGGGAUUCAAACCAAGUUCUGGUACAGUUCAGGAGUUGAACUUCCGUAGUAGUAAGAAUGUAUGGGGAUAUUUCAGUGUGGCAGCAUCUGGAGGACUACAUGAGUUUGCUGACUCGCAGUUUGGUCAUUGUUUCUCCUGGGGCGAGGACCGUGAAGAUGCCCGAGAAAAUAUGGUAAUUGCCCUGAAAGAGUUAUCAAUUCGAGGAGAUUUCCGUACAACUGUAGAGUAUCUAACAAAACUACUGGAGACUGAGGAAUUCCAGUCAAACAAGAUAACAACAAGCUGGUUAGAUAAGUUGAUAGCAGACCGGGUACAAGCGGAGAAACCGGACAUGAUGUUAGGAGUGAUGUGUGGUGCUCUACAUAUCGCUGAUCACAUGAUACAGUCUGGUUUCCAUGACUUCCAGGCUUCUCUUAAUAGGGGACAAAUUCUGCCUGCCAAUUCUUUGAAGAAUAUUGUUGAAGUUGAGUUUAUAUAUGAAGGAGUCAAAUUCUCUCUAGAGGUUGUGAAAACUGGACCAAUAAGAUAUUUCCUAUCAAUGAAUGAUUCCACCCUGGAGUUAGAGGCACACAGAUUAAGUGAUGGGGGUUUGUUAUUGUCUAUAGAUGGAUCAAGUUAUACAACAUACAUGAAGGAGCAAGUGAGCACAUACAGAAUUACCAUAGAUAAUCAGACUUGUGUUCUACAGAAAGAGAAUGAUCCAACAGUGUUGAGGUCACCAUCAGCUGGUAAGUUGAUCAAUUAUGUAGUAGAGGAUGGAGGACAUGUGUUUAGUGGAGAUGUGUAUGCUGAGAUAGAAGUGAUGAAGAUGGUGAUGGAAUUACGUGUCACAGAAAAUGGCUGUGUUCACUAUUUGAAGAGGCCUGGUGCGGUUCUAGAUUCAGGAACCAUUGUGGCUAACCUGGUAUUAGACGAUCCCACCAGAGUUGUACAGGCAAAACCAUGUACAAACAAAUUACCAAGUUCUGAGAAUCCACCAGCACAUGGUAUGAAGCUUCAUCAGAUUUACAAGAGGAAUCUUGAUGAGUUGGAGAAUAUACUAGCAGGAUAUGUGUUACCAGAGCCAUACUUCACAGAGAAACUGAAAACUGUUGUAGAAAGUCUGAUCAAAUGUCUCAAAGAUCCAUCUCUACCCUUGCUGGAACUACAGGAAAUGAUAGCGGUGACUUCGGGACGUAUUCCAUCAAGAGUUGAAAAAGCUAUAAGAAAGUUACUGUCAUCCUAUGCUAGUAACUUGACGUCAGUAUUGAGUCAGUUUCCAAGUCAACAAAUUGCCAAUGUAAUAGAUGGUCAUGCUGCGACACUGACACGUCGGGCUGAAAGAGAUGUCUUCUUUAUGAAUACUCAGGGAAUUGUAGAACUUGUGCAGAGUUACAGGAAUGGUGUUAGAGGUCACAUGAAAACAGUCAUACAAGAUUUACUGAGGCAGUAUCUUAAAGUGGAAAUACAGUUCCAGAAUGGCAGCUAUGAUAAAUGUAUAGCCCAGCUGAUAGAGAGAAAUAAGGAUGAUAUAGGUGUGGUUACUGGCAAUAUAUUCUCUAGUCUCGCUGUUGCCAAGAAAAACAAUGUCAUUAUAAUGCUGAUUGAACAGUUAUGUGGCAAGGAUAUGAACCUAACAGAUGAUCUCACGUGUAUCCUGACAGAGCUAACAAACUUAAACCGUACCCUGAAUGCUAAAGUUGCCCUGAAAGCUCGUCAGAUACUGAUAGCUGCCCAUCAACCACCAUAUGAGCUCCGACAUAAUCAAAUGGAGAAUAUCUUCUUGUCAGCUGUAGAUAUGUACGGCCAUGAUUUCUGCCCUGAAAGUCUGCAGAAAUUGAUCAAUUCUGAGUCAGCUAUAUAUGAUGUAUUACAAGAAUUCUUCUUUCACAACAAUGCUUUAGUCAGAGUCGCAGCCUUAGAGGUAUACAUCAGGAGGGCUUAUAUAGCGUAUGAGUUGAAUUGUCUAGUACAUAGACAUCUACAUGAGGGUGUAUGUGUUGUGGAAUUCAGAUUUGUUCUACCUAGAUCUCAUCCUAACAGAAUGAUGGUGACACGUUUUGACUCGAGGAAUCACAGUAUGGCAAGUAUAGAUAGUUCGGAGAGCAGCGUGGAGAAUUAUGAUGAUAAUCAUAUUGAUCAACUUGACGAACCUCCGGUAGCCUCGAGGAUGGGAGUGAUGGCCGCCUUCUCAUCUUUUGAUGAAUUUACAAAGUAUUUUGAUUCUAUAAUGGAUGUGUUUGUAAUGGAGGAAGAUUUACCUGACAGUCCGAUAGAUAUUGAGGACGGUUUUGGGUUUGAACCGGGCAAGGAGGACACCAUAUCCGUACAGAGUGUGACUGUAUCAGAUGCUGGGGCAGAUAAUGAACCUAUCCAUAUUAUAAAUAUUGCCAUACAAACCACUGUUACAACUGAUGAUGAAACUUUGUCCGCUCAGUUUUCUGCUUUCUGUAAGGAAAAGAAUCAUACAAUGGCUGAGAGAGGCAUUAGAAGAAUAACUUUUGUUGUUUUAAGAAAGAAAAUAUUGCCAAAGUAUUUCACAUUCAGAGCCAAGUUUAAGUUUAACGAGGACCGUAUUUACAGACAUCUAGAACCAGGUCUUGCUUUCCAGUUAGAGAUUAACAGAAUGAGGAACUUUGAUUUAGAGACUAUCCCAACCGCUAAUUAUAGAAUGCAUGUGUACCUCGGUAAAGCAAAGCAAGUAGCAAAGGGAAAGGAAGUAUCAGACUACCGUCUAUUUGUACGAUGUAUAAUUCGUCACUCUGACCUGGUCACCAAGGAAGCAUCAUUUGAAUAUCUGCAUAAUGAAGGGGAGAAAACUCUUCUUGAAGCUAUGGACUCACUAGAAGUUGCAUUUAGUCACCCAAUGGCUUCUAAGACUGAUUGCAACCAUAUUUUCCUGAACUUUGUACCCACACUAACACUGGCUGAACCUGGAAAGCUUGAGGAGACUGUUCACAACAUGGUGAUGAGGUACGGCCUACGUCUGCUAAAAUUGCGAGUUCUAGGAGCUGAACUGAAAUUCUCUAUCAGGGUUGGAGGUCAGAGUUUCCCAAUACGUCUAUACCUGACCAAUGAGAGUGGUUACUACCUCAGUAUUAACCUUUACAGAGAGGUCACAGAUCCAAGAACUGGCCUUAUCAUGUUGCAAGCUUAUGGUUCUAAGAAGGGACCAGCAGACGGACUUCUAGUGUCGUCUGCUUAUGUUACAAAAGAUCAUCUACAGCUGAAACGUUACCAAGCUCAGUCCAAUGGUACUACCUAUGUGUAUGACUUUCCAGAAAUGUUCAAACAGGCAUUGAAGAAGUUAUGGAAGGCGUAUGCAGAUCAGUAUGGUUUAACAGAAGAUGUGAUACCAGAAGAUUGUAUAACAUACAAGGAAAUUGUCCUUGCUGUAGAUAAAAGUGGUAGAGAUGGUCACAUACAUGAACAAAAUAGACUGCCAGGUGAAAAUGAGAUUGGAAUGGUUGCCUGGCAUAUGACGUUAAAAUCACCAGAAUUCCCAAAAGGACGAGGCAUCAUAGUGAUCGCUAAUGACAUCACAUUUAGAAUAGGAUCGUUUGGCUUCCUUGAAGACUUACUGUUUAAGAAAGUAUCGGAGCUGGCAAGAGCUAAAGGUUUACCUCGUGUGUAUAUCUCGGCCAACAGUGGAGCAAGGAUUGGACUGGCAGAGGAAGUGAAGCAUUUAUUUAGAGUGGCCUGGCAAGAUCCAAAAGAUCCAGAUAAGGGAUUUAAGUAUUUGUACCUGAGACCUGAUGACUUUAAGAAAGUAUCGGCAUCUAACUCAGUGCGGGCGACCUUAAUUGAGGAUCAGGGCGAGUCACGUUAUAAGAUCACAGAUAUUAUCGGCAAGGAGGAAGGACUUGGGGUAGAGAAUCUUCGUGGUUCAGGAAUGAUAGCUGGAGAAUCAUCUAAAGCCUAUAAAGAUAUUGUCACUAUUAAUCUGGUAACCUGUAGAGCUAUAGGUAUAGGAGCAUAUCUCGUCAGACUUGGUCAGAGAAUUGUUCAGGUGGAAAACUCCCAUAUCAUCCUCACAGGAGCUGGUGCUCUUAACAAGGUGUUGGGACGUGAGGUGUAUACAAGUAACAAUCAGCUGGGAGGUAUACAAAUCAUGCACAAUAAUGGUGUAUCACACUGUACUGCCCCGGAUGAUUUUGGUGGCAUCUGUAAAGUGCUAGAGACAUUGGCCUAUGUCCCUGCAGUUCAUGGGGGACCACUACCAGUGUUGCCUGUCAAUGAUCCGAUUGGUAGAAGUAUAGACUUUGUUCCUUCAAAGACACCAUAUGAUCCCCGCUGGAUGCUUGCAGGUCGACCAAACCCAGACAACAAAUCAGAAUGGCAGACCGGUUUCUUCGACAAGGAUUCCUUUAAUGAAAUUUUACAACCAUGGGCACAGACUGUAGUAGUUGGAAGGGCUAGGCUAGGUGGUGUACCUUUGGGAGUAGUAUCCGUGGAAACAAGAACUGUAGAAGUUUCUAUACCUGCAGAUCCCGCUAAUUUUGAUUCUGAAGCCAAGCUUAUUCAACAAGCAGGUCAGGUAUGGUUCCCUGACUCCGCCUUUAAGACAGCCCAGGCUAUAAUGGACUUCAAUAAAGAAGAGCUUCCACUUAUGAUCUUUGCUAACUGGAGAGGUUUCUCUGGCGGAAUGAAAGACAUGUAUGACCAAGUAUUGAAGUUUGGGGCGUAUAUUGUUGACGCCCUAUGUGAAUAUAAACAACCAAUCAUGAUCUAUAUACCACCAUACGCUGAACUUAGGGGCGGAGCAUGGGUUGUUGUUGAUCCAACUAUAAAUCCAAGUCAUAUGGAAAUGUUUGCAGACCAACUUAGCAGGGGAGGUGUAUUAGAGCCAGAGGGAACUGUAGAGAUUAAAUAUCGUAAGAGAGAUCAACAGAAAACCAUGUGGCGUGUAGAUCAAAAAUGUCGUCAACUGGUGGAGAAAAUGGCGAACCCUACGAUCACGGCAGAAGAGAGUAAAAAACUUGCGGAGGAACUGAAAAAACGUGAAGAUUUAUUGCUGCCAAUGUAUCACCAGGUGGCAGUUCAUUUUGCUGACCUUCACGAUACGCCAGGUCGUAUGGAAGCUGUAGAAGUGAUCUCAGGUGUUCUAGAAUGGAAGAAAAGCAGGGAAUUUUUCUACUGGAGAAUUAGACGCAGAUUACUAGAGGAAGAUCUAAAGAAGAAAAUACGACAAUUAACAGAAAACAAAACUGACAGAGAGAUUGGUUCAAUGAUGAGUAGAUGGUUUGCUGAGGAGAAAGGAACUGUAAAUUCAUACCAAUGGGAAGAAGACAAGGUUGUGGUAGAAUGGUUGUCGGAACAAUUAGAUGAAAACAAUAGUAAAAGUCUUAUUUCUGAAAAUCUAAGAUGUUUAAAGAGGGAACAUGUUCUCAAUCAAGUCAGAGGGUUGAUAGAAAAUAAUCCCGAUGUUGCCAUGGAUUCUAUAGUACAUAUAACACAACAUAUGACCCCAGGACAGAGGUCAGAGGUGUCUAGAAUUCUAGCAAGUAUGGAAUCAUAGUGACAAUAGUGACAUGUGACACACUUAAAGUGGUCACAUGACUUUAACUGAAUAGAUUGUGAGAUUUUACAUGAGUGACUUGAAAUUAUGCGAUGAUGGGAGAAAAAAGCAACAGAAAUUUAUCAAUUGACAUGUGUAUUGGUCAUGUGCUCUUUUAAAGCUGAUCAUGUGACUCGUAUGACAGAUUGUUAAAUAUACAAAAAGAUCAAAGCAUUUAUUAAAUCACUAGAAGAGUACAUGUGAAAUGUGUGAUACCUAAAGUGCUAGUAGAAUGAUUGUUUAUUCAGAAUAUGUUUAAGUAGGUGGUUAAAUUUACUUAGAAGAAUCAUGUAAGGGGGGCUAUCCAUAAUUUGUUACUAUGUCUCAAAUCAGUGCCAAAUAUUAUAAGAUUUGGGUAUUUGUUUAAAUUAAGAAUUGAUUAAGGGGGAAAAAGUGUAUCAUGUCUGCAUGUCUGAUCACAGUGUUUGCUAUGAAAUAUUUUAUAUACUCUUGUUUAAUAAAGAUAUAUGAACAAAUUUAUUGUUUCCGUAACCUGGACAUGUUUUGUGUUUUCUGUACUGUAGUCAGUUUUACUUUGUUUAAUGUUUAAAUCACUAACCAACAAACAUGUAUUUAUUGGUUGACCAUGGUGGUGAACGUCAUGGAUCUGACUUCACUUACAUUUUGUUACUUUGGGUUCAAAUUUAGCUCUUUGGGUUCAAAUUUAGCCAAGUUGUUUAAUUGAGGGAGCUUUCCAACUUACUAAAGGAAGAUUAUUGAUUAAAUGAAUGUGCACACUUAUGCCUGAAAUAAUGUGUAUUGAUGCAUGUAGGUGUCUUUAUUUGCAAAAUACAUUAGCAUCAUUGUCAAUGAUAGCAAUAUGUGACAUUGACAGUAUCUGUGUUAUUAAAACCAAACAGUAAAGCACACAUUUAGAAAAAAAAAUGACCACUGUUAACUAUAACAAAUCAUAGUUUUAACAUGUUAAGACCAUAUUCCAUUACCAUGAUUUACUUCUAUAACAAUUUUUUUUAUUGUUUUUAAGAAAAAAGCUGCCAUGUUGAGCAAUGUACUAUCAGGGUAGUCAGUCACUGCAUAAUAUUUAUUGCCAAAAUAAUGCAAUAGUGCUGAAAAAAGUUUCAGUGCUUUUGAUGAAAAAAAUGAGUGCUUUUGACGAAAAAAAUUAUUACAUUACAUUACAUUAUAGAAUUUUGUAAGUAUUUAUUGUUAUAAUAUAUGCCAAUUUUGUUGUUAAUGUAAUACUGAUAGAUCAGCCUUUAUCUUAUAAUAAUAAUCUGAAGUAAAAAUUGAUUUUUUUUGUUGCUUAGAAAAAAUUAUUGAAUUUCUUUCAGUGAUUAAAUAUUUGUUAGAUUUAAGCGAUGGUUGUAACUUUAGCUAGUCUGUUAUUUAUAUAAUCAUAAAUACUGUAAUCGGAUUGUAGCUUCAGGUAAUUGUCAUGAUUUUAGAUUUAUGUAACUAUAGAAGGUGGUGGGAGGGGGGUAGGUAAAAGAGAGGGAAGAGAGAUGAUCAAAUGCAUAGUCAUUAAUUUGAUGUCUAAAAUACAUUACAAAGUAUUUGUGUUUGGGUUCAGAAUGUUACAAAAGAUAUUCUGCGUAUUAACACAUUAUUUUGAAUAGGGGUACAAUAUGUUAUAUUGUUAAUUAGUUAAUUUGUCCAGACUGUGAGAUCGCAUUAGGAAUGCCUUUGUCUUGUAGGUUAGUUUAGGUAUUUUUACUGGCUUAAGUGUUGUAGACCAAAAGACCUUCAUUUAUGUGAAGUUCUAAUGUUAAUUACACAUUUCAUACAGUAUACAUGUGAAGUCCAUCAUUCAGCUCUCAGGGCUUUGUUUCUGGAUCAUUUUUUUUCUGUUACAUACAUUUGACAUACCUGUAUCAUCAUUUUGAUAUAAUCACCUGGUAUAAUUUCUGUAGCACUGGCUUCAGAAAUAAUUAAGUAAUGGACUAUCAUUAACAAUGGUCCUACAAAAAAAUGCUUCUAAAUUGGUAUCUAAAUAUUUUUUAAUAUAUUUGAGACUAUUGUCUAAAACUAUAUAAAUUUAUUCAAAACAGUAAUUUCAUAUAAUUAUGAUUUGGUUUGAAGGAGGUAGUAGGUUUGAAAUUUGAAAUAUUUUUUUUUAUUGCCUAACUACCUGUAUUUUGAGGGAUCAAUUUUUAUCAUUACUGUAUUUUUUUUAUUAAUCUUAAUUUUACAUGAUACAAUAUAAUUAAUUGUACCCCCUUUUUUCUCCUUUUUUUAUAUUCAUUUAGUAAAUGACACUUUAGCUUGAAACCCUAGCAUUAUAUAUAUUCGUUACAAUAUUUUGUUGUGAUAUUUGAUUGGCUCAACUUUGUUUUUUGUUAUUACAUGGUUCAUUUGUAAUUAUUGAUAUGUUAUGAAUUAUUUAUUUUCUUCUUUUGUAAUGAUUACCUUGAUGAUGAUUGUUAAUUAUCACUUGUUCACUUUCUAUCAAUCAGUAUUGAAUAUGAAUUAUGUAUAUUUAUUAUGAUGAAAAAAAAACCCUGUCAUUUUCAGUUACUAAAAUAUAUGUAUAUGUCCAUGCAUCUGUAAUGAAUUUUCCAUAUUUUACACUAUGCAUUGCUGGAGUUACUAUAUCUCGAAUGUAUAUUGAAUUUAUAUUCAUUACAACAUAUCAAUUCAUAGGAAAAUCUUUUCUUUCCAGUUUUAUUCAGAUCUCCUGUACAAAUUUUAUCAAAAAGUGCAUUGAUAAGGAAAGAAUUAACUCGUGUGUAAUUCUGAUAGAUUUGAUGGCUUUUGUUGACUGUAUAAAGUUGUUUUCCCACUCAACCUUGCAGACUUGUGGAAAAUAAUUUUACACAAUCAUUUUAAGCAAUACAACAUAUUGGAAUAGAAAACUUGUGUCAUCAUAGUUGUUAAAUGAAAAAUUAAUUUCUCAUAUUAGCAAGUUCAAGGUCACCUUGAUGAGAUCAAAUUUGUACUUACCCACAACUGGUUACUAACCACCUGAUGAAACAAAAAUAAUUUAGAUAUUGUUUUACAUGUUCAAACUUCUGUGCACACUUAUACCUUUAUUUCAUAUACUGACUUUAUACAUGUAAUAAAUACUGGUAACAUAGGAUUUAAAUUAUUAUACUAAUUUAGCAUCAAAAUAAUAGAUAUUUGAAUAUUCAAUUAUUUGUCUUUUUUUUUUUUUUCGUUUUUU